UGAUUGAUUACUGUGUAAGAUAGUUAUUCUGCAAGAAGUCUCCUGUCAACAUGACAAAUCCGUCGAAUCUGCUGCGCCUUUCCCGCGGAAUGGGAACUUGGUAAGCUACAGCUUCUUCCCCCUUUCGAAUCUUCUUCCACCGCCUGGCUUCGACCGCGGGGAUUAGUCAGAGGCGGCCAACGUCAUUUGCGCCCACCCAUAAAAACUGCGGAUUGCAGCCCCUCCUUUUCGGCCUCAGCCCCUCCUCAACCCAUUCCGAGCUAAUCUCUUCUGUCCCGAAUUCUUCUCAGUCUUAAACCAUCCGUUCGCCUGUCUUCUUCUUCUUCCGUCUCUGCUAGAAUUUCCACUCCAUCCUCUACAUUCUUACGUUCCAACAAAUUCGUCCAGCGCUUCCCCGCCGCGAACAUCUUGACCCGCCGUUCUUUCUCUCAUUCUCCCUCCGUCAAAUUCAACCCCACACAAUCCAACAUGUCUAACCACGGCAACGUUCACCAAAUCAAGACCGCUGAGGAGUUCAAGGAGAAGGUCCUCAACUCCCAGGACACCGUCGUCCUCGACUGCUUCGCCGAGUGGUGCGGUCCCUGCAAGGCCAUCGCCCCCAAGGUCGCUGAAUUCAGCGAGCGCUACCCCCAGGCCAAGUUCUACAUGAUCGACGUCGACGAGCUCUCCGACGUUGCCGCCGAGCUCGGUGUCCGCGCCAUGCCCACCUUCAUGCUGUUCAAGGAGGGCCAGAAGGUUAACGAUGUCGUCGGUGCCAACCCUCCUGCUCUGGAGGCUGGUAUCAAGGCUCUCAUUGCUUAGAUUUGAGCGGAGUGGUGUCGUUUUGUGUGUCUAGGAAUUUAUGAAAUGAUAAUAUUUUGAGCAAUUCUUUUUGUGGUUGGUUGUAGGUUGUGUUGGUGGUGUAGUGGCUUUAUUGGAGUUUGGGGGGAUGGGUUUCUGCAGAAUGUUCGUUAGUGUUCGCAGCGUUCGCCUUGGUGGUAGUAUUACAGUGAUGGUUGCAUGGCUCGUGUUGUGUCUGGUUCAAUGUUAACAAUCAUGUUAUCUUGUAUACAUUGUGCAACGCAGCCUAGCAAUACAUAGAAAUGCACCCGCUACUGAGUCUUAUCUCCCCAAGGAAAGUGCUGUCAAUUACACCCAAGUACUCCUAGAUCUGAUCUACACCUUGCAUAGAAACAACCCUCACGAAAGCUUUUACUUUGUAAUGCAAUCCAUGCAUGC